UAUUUAUCAAUAAAUUUCCAGUCAAUAAUAAUAAAGUGUGUGUGUUCACCCGUGCGAUACUGUCUGUUUACACGUUUUUUAGUCUAAUUUUAACCACCGGUCGGAGCGGAACGCGAAUUUGUGGAGCAACUUUUUUUUGUUCGUGUCCAAUCCCUGCAGUGGCGAAGGUGUGGUUGAGGUUGCCCCCGGGUUCAAGAUUUUUCGCACCCGCAAACAUUGUGUCUCGCGAAGACGAUUCUCACGGAACAGUUGGGUAGUUUCGCCGCGUUGUUAAUAGUGUCGCGUUGUCCGGUUUUGGCAGCUAUGUAAAAUCGUUGAUUUUAUGGGGCCUUUAAGUGUUUAGUGAUGGCAAUGUUCUUUUAAUGGAGCUACAUGGUGCUUUAUCGAAAUUGACUUCGGUCGUAUAACGAAAUUAACACACUUAAAACACACAUCCAGUGCAUGCCAAUUUGCAAUUAACAGACGUCAUUCGCAACAGGAACGGUUUAAUUACAUGUGAAACGAGCAUAAAAUUAGUUCCCAUUUGCCACGAACGACCAAUCCUUAGCAUCGUUCCAGGAGUCUGCUGCUGUGGUGAACCAAGCGAAGUUGCAAAGUUAAAAACAAUCAAAUACCGCAGAAAGAUCCCACCUAUUAAACACUCCAUCGUUUCCUUGCCCUGAACCUCUGACGGACCAUCCGCCACUAUCAGCAACAAUACAGAAGGAAGCUUUUAAUAGUGGCAAAAAGUGGCAAGCAACUGGAAAUCCACCGGACGGCAUGUGGUGUACUUCUUUGUCGCAAAUCGCCGCCACCGCCAUUCAAGCUGCUGAGCUGAGUUGAGCUGAUAACACGACGCUCUUCGGCGCGGAUGCUGACGCGGGACCCGGUGUCAGUGCAGGGCUGGGCAACGCAACGCUGAGAUAGCACACGACCACGACGACGGCUGCAACUACCAGUCAGGCAAGUCGAGGGCAGCGCACAACCAGAAGCUUACCGGCUCGCAAUCUCUUAUCUGUUUAUAUUUGGUUGGUUAUCGAUUUUGUGCCUCCGAGACGCAACGCAACGGAAAAGGCACAGCGUAGGUAUAGAGCAAAACCGAUAACACUGGUAGCCGGGUGGAGGAGAUGUGUGUACUACUGAUAGUGGCACCGGGUAAACUGAUAAUCUAAAAUUCACCAUCAAUUACGCCAAGAACCCCACCGUAUAAUAGCCACCAUGUUCCCUGAACCAGAAAUGUGAUCCGCACUAGAAUAAUGAGACCCUCCCACAACUGGCUAAUCAUCGUAACCGCUGUUAUCACACUUUACUAUUAUUUUUUCGCCAUGACGAUGGUGAGCUGCUCUCGAACAUCUGUCCCCUACGGUGAUAGUGAAACAGUAAUGAAACUGACACAAAGUUCAGCGGGUUCAGAUGUCCGGUUGCGAUGCGGAAUCAAAGAGUACCAUGCGGAUCACAUGAACUCUUCCGACGUGCAGUGGUACUUCAAACCCUGCGGUGAGGGAACCAAUCGCACAUCUUGCCAUAACCGCAACUUACUAGACCAAACCCCGUGGCGAUCAAUCGACUGCGACGGGAAACGGUGCCGAGUGACACUGUUCAUCAAAAACGCAUCCGAGUCCGACUCCGGACUGUACCGCUGUAGUAUUCAUCCCUAUCGAACGGACAACCAGACUCAGUUUGACAUUCAGCUGAUACGGACCUUUCAACUAGACGUUAUCAAAUCCCUUUUAGACGAAACCGUACCAGCCCCUGAGCUGCUGGAUAACCUACCGGCUAACACGACGACCCUGCAGGACUCUCAGAUCGUACUACAAUGUCGAGUGUACAGCAAAGUCCAACCGUCCAUCAAAUGGUUCCGUCGAAUCAACCUCAACAACCUGCUGGAGGAUCACAACUUCAACCAGAACAAAUCAAUCCGAUACCUGGAAAACUUCUACGAGCUUGUACCAUCGUCCGGAGAGAAACCACUCUCCGAGGACGUGUACCUGAGCAAACUGAUCCUGCACAGUGUCUCCGAGCGGGACAUUGGUAUCUACGUGUGCGUCGGGAUAAACUACGGUGGUGUAAGCACGGCCGAUGCGUAUGUCAACGUGGUUCACCCGAACGGUACCCCAAUCGGUGGUGGCUCAAGUCUGGCUGACCUGAUGGUUCUGUUUCUGAUUCCACUUGGGCUGGCAGUGAUUCCGCUUGUGGUGUGGAUAUGUUUUAUCGUGCUGAAACGACGCAAUCAGGCUCCGGUAAGAAAGUCGGAGUUAGAGUCCACACGUGUGACGACUAGUAUCAGUGCGGCAGGGAAACAGCAUUUACAUGGAAGUUUGAUUUCCGGACGGGAAACGCCCACACGUUAUGCGAAAAAGGCGAGACAUAAACGGGAUCUUAGCUACGAUGGUCCACACUUGUACGAAAAGAUUAAUAUAAUGUAGGUUUGAAAUAAUGCAUACACUAGGCGGGUGAAUGUAGUGCCAAAGAGAUAUUUUGU